GACAUCAAAAGGAAACGUUCAUUGUUAAACGGCCGCCUGUUUGUAGGGCCACUGGAAUCAUUCACCAUGAAAAUUAUCUCGAAUGUGUCUACCAUUGAAUGAAGACUAAUUAACACUUAUUUCUUUCGGGUACGAUCAUUCGUUGCAUUGUCUGCAACUUUCUUUUUUUGGACUUGGAGAGGUAGCAUCUGCCAGCAAAUGCAAACACAAACAUCGUAGCGGGUAAUGGCAGCGCAAGUUGCAGUUUGUUGUACGACCCAUCACUCUUGCUUACACCUGGAGCUCUUGGUACUACCACUGAUAGAACAUCUUCCCAAUAAAUUAGUAGAAUACCAAAGUCUUGGUGCUGUUACUAGUAGUUUCACAAGCCGCUAUUAUCUUUGGUGCCCUUUAUAACAGGCUUGCGGGACAAGACUUCCCAGAUAUCUCGUCUCCAGACUAUUCAUAUUCAUCUCCUUCACAUCCAUGCUCGAUAUAUGGAAAUUUGAAUCUACUCCAGGCUCUGAUUGAUCCAUUUAAGACAUCUCCGUUGAAAAAUCUUCGUCAUUUAUCAUUUAUCAAUCAAAGUCAAACAAAAUGUCUACAGGUACCCCUAUGGGAUCUUGUCCCCUGGGUGGUAAGUGGUAUGUUUCAUCCUUUUCGAGGAGUUCCAGUUGCUACUAAAUAAUUUAUACUUUCAGGUGGAUAUGUGAGGUACAGUCACCAACAUUUUUUGGAUGUUGCUUAAGCAAUCCAUGCAACGGAAUUGGUUGCCCUGAAAACGAUCUCACGGCUGCAGGAAUGGGAACGGCAGGUGGCCCCGAUGCUCCUGGCAACGAUGGAUCAUACUACCCAAAUGCCGAUUGUCCAAACGGAGGAGUUUGGUUCACUUGCUCUAAGCAGUCGCCGUCUUUCCAAGGUUGCUGUGCCAAUAGCAGUGGCUUUGAUCCAUGUCGUAACAACGGUUGUCCCAAUGACAGACUCUAUGCUGCGGCAUUUAAAACCGUUCCAGCUACAAUUCCCUCUAUUACUUCCUCGAAGAUUUCGUCUUCCCUAGCCUCAUCAUCUUCAACUUUAUCUUCAUUCAUCUCUUCACCUUCGGUUUCACCAUCUUCAACAACAAACCCCACUUUUGGCACCAGUUCCACGCCACAAAGUGCAUCAUCUCGGGCAUCAGCCACAACGAGUGCGACGGUGGAUCCGAUUGGACAUAAUUCAGAUCCAAAAUUACCCCUUGCUGCAAUUGUAGGAAGUGCUCUAGGUGGAGUCGUUGUUAUUCUACUUGUCCUGCUGAGUGUUUUUUGCUUUCAACGACGCAGAAAGAGAGCUCCGUCAGCAGGAUUAAUUGAACCAUAUUAUCAAGCCUCACAAGACAUUUCUAUGGCUAAAGGAACUCCGCCAUACUUUGUUUAUGAAUCCAGUCCUCCAGACGGCAAAGUUCUCCCAAAAGGUUAUUUUGACUCCUUCAAAAUGCAAAGAUUUCAUGUAUACUAAUUAUUCAGUAGGUUAUCGUCCGAUGUCCCAUACACCAUUUUCACCACCUCAAAGUCCUGCUCCACCAUACCAAUCAGCACCUCACUCCCCGGAGCUCUCUAAUUACCAUGAGAUUGACUCUACCAUUUUGAAUGAAGUGGAAUCCCCACCCCUGCAGCAACGGCAGUUUGCUUCUCUACCAGGGGCAGUGGAGAUGCCAGAUACUUCGGAAGAUAUUUGCCGCAGCAUUAAUUGUUGAAGUUAGGGCUUGCUAGGGCGUGAGAUGGAUUAAAAAAACGCUGGGACGUGUCCGGAGAAAUGAUGGAGUUUCUUUGAUUUCAUUGUCUAUUCGUUUCAGAUCUGCUUCAAGGAAAUCAUACAACUACGUUAUUAUUCACACAAG